CUUUUUUCGAAUCUUUUUUUGACCGAGAUGCCUCGAUUCCUCAAGUCUGGAAAGGUUGUCGUUAUCCUUAAUGGCCGUUACGCUGGCAAGAAGGCCGUCAUCGUGAAAAAUAUCGAUGAAGGCUCCAAGGAACGCGGCUACGGACAUGCCAUUGUUGCCGGUGUCGAGCGCUACCCUCUCAAGAUCACCAAGAACAUGGGCAAGAAGCGCGUUGCUAAGCGCUCCAAGGUCAAGCCUUUCAUUAAAGUCGUUAACUACAACCAUGUCAUGCCCACUCGCUAUGGCUUGGAGUUGGAGUCUUUGAAAUCUGCUGUUACCGUUGACUCCUUCAAGGAGCCCUCUCAACGUGAGGAGGCUAAGAAGGCCAUCAAGAAGCUCUUCGAGGAGAGAUACAACAGUGGCAAGAACAAAUGGUUCUUUACCAAGCUCCGCUUCUAAACGAUCUCGACAUUUUAAUGAGCUCCCCCCCAUCCACAAUAAAGUGACGGAUCGUUAUCCAGAACUGUUUUUAAGACUUUCAGAAGGAAAUUAAACGACGCACAGCAUCUGAUAGAAAGGAG